AUGCUUGUGAUAGUCGCCGUGCUCUUCGGCACCGCCAUAACCGGCCAAAAGAACUGGGGAAUUGCUUCCGACAUCUCAUCCCUUUGGAAGUACGGCCUUGGAGGCGAGAACCUCUGGGCUACCGCUGCUCUCGACUGGAUGAGGAAAAUGGGCGGGAUCAGCGACACUGCCGGCUUCUUCGCCGCGACUCUCUUCGCAAACAUGUUCCAGAUCGUCUUCAGCGCCCUCUAUCUACUGUACAACAACCUGAUCACAGUACUGCUCGUCGCCGCCGAAUGGAACGACUUCAUUUCUGAACGCAAAUCCCUCCGCGUCUCCGCUCCGCUGGGCAUGCAGCGCGGCAGCUACUUCCUAUCUCUCCCAUACAGCUUCUCCCUCCCCUUGAUAAUAUGUUCCGGGCUUCUCCACUGGCUGAUCUCCCAAAGUGUCUUCGUCAUCCAGACAGUCGGCUACGCUUCCCCCGACUUUCACAUAAACGACGCUCUUGGCGGGUCCAUAGUCGGCUAUUCUAGCCUCGGAAUCCUUCUUUCCAUGAUGUUGGGCGGUACCAUGGUGCUCGCGCUCGUGCUCCUCGGUGCUUUCAAGACGUAUACGAGGACCCGGUCGGUUUACGUUCACGACCUCGAGGGACGUCUGGUACCCCUCUGA